AACCCUCGUCUCUGACCAGACUCUAAAACAAUGGCGAUCAAUCUUCUUCUUAUUACUUUGCUCUGCAUUCUCAUCUCAACCGUUGUUUCACAGCCUGGCUCUCCUCCAUUUCCUCAAGAACUCAUCAAUGCCAUCAUCGUCCCCACUCCUUCACCUUCUUCUUCUUCAAUCCCUCCAACCCCAACACCCUCAAUCCCACAGACUCCUCUUGUCCCUGCUCUCUUUGUCAUCGGCGACUCCUCUGUCGACUGUGGCAACAACAAUUUCCUCGGAACUUUCGCUCGUGCUGACCACCUUCCCUACGGUCGAGACUUCGAUACCCACCAACCCACUGGGAGGUUCUGUAAUGGCAGAAUCCCUGUUGAUUAUCUUGCACUUCGUCUCGGGCUGCCUUUUGUACCGAGUUAUCUUGGGCAGAAUGGAAGAGUGGAAGGUAUGAUUCAGGGAUUGAAUUAUGCAUCAGCUGGUGCUGGAAUCAUAUUCACCAGUGGUUCGGAAUUGGGUCAACAUGUUUCCUUCACCCAGCAAGUUCAGCAGUUUACAGAUACCUACCAGCAGUUUAUAUUAAGUUUGGGCGAGCAAGCUGCUAUUGAUCUUAUCUCGAAUUCAGUGCUUUACAUUUCAAUUGGAAUCAAUGACUAUAUACAUUACUAUUUGCGUAAUGUAUCUAACGUGCAAAAUCUGUAUCUACCGUGGAGUUUCAAUCAGUUUUUAGCAUCUACAUUGAGGCAGGAAAUUAAGAACUUGUACAGCAUAAAUGUCAUGAAGGUGGUUGUGAUAGGGCUGGCACCUAUAGGCUGCGCUCCUCACUACUUAUCUCAGUACAGAAUGAAGGAUGGACAGUGUGUUGAGGAGAUAAACGACACGGUGAUGGAGUUCAACUUUGUGAUGAGGUAUAUGAUUGAGGAGCUACGCGAAGAGCUUCCUGAUUCCAACAUCAUCUUCUGUGAUGUGUUUGAAGGUUCGAUGGAUAUAAUAAAAAACUCUGAACAUCAUGGUUUGAAUGCCACAGCUGAUGCUUGCUGUGGGUUGGGGGAGUACAAGGGUUUUGUCAUGUGCUUAUCACCAGAAAUGGCUUGCAGUAAUGCUUCUAACCAUAUCUGGUGGGAUCAAUUCCAUCCAACUGAUGCAGUCAAUGCCAUCCUGGCUGAUAAUGUGUGGAAUGGCCUGCACACAAAAAUGUGCUAUCCCAUGAACUUGGAGGAAAUGGUAGCGUUUGACUCCUAAAGAUUGGAUGGAGAAUCUGAGGAAAUAGUUGUAUGCUAUAUAAACAGAGA